CUUUAGUUUUCGACGCUGCAUGUUGCACUGCCCCCGGUUCACCAGCACCAGCGUGUGGCCUGCGCUGCACGCCCGCAUCCGAGAUCGCCUGAGCUCGUUAUAUCUGCGCUCCCCGCCAUCGCUGCUGACUUCUUGCCUCCUCUUCUGUACGACGGUCUAUUCGUCCCUUUUCAAGGCGCAACUUUAAUUCCCAUUUUCUGGGACCGCCAUUCACCUUCUACAAUUCGUUUUGUUCUUUCAUUCGUACUUUUGUUUCCCUCACUUGGUCCUCUUUCGCCGCCAAACGCCGCCGCCCCUCGAAUCUCUUGCUGGAAAAAGUCGCUCGAUAGAUAUCUUCUUUCUGUUGUCCCACAGAACAUUCCAAUGCCUCCACAACUCCUGCCAGCUUCGGCUGCUGCUUUCGCGCCCCGGGCAACCUCUGUCAAUGUCGUUCUGAGUUCUAAGGUGGAGCCGUGGUUAACGCAGACGCUGAAGCGCAUAAACCGCAUCAAGCGCCCUCUCAAUAGUGUGCCGCAACACCAGAGAUGUCUGACCGAAACGUUGUCAUCUUCAACCGCAAUAUGGACCCUCACCUCUAUCAUGCUUCCAAAAGCUCCAGACGCCGAACUGCGCAAAGACUCGAACCCUCUGAUAGAGGCUCUCUUCAACUACCAGCUCAUUCACAUCGAAGCAUAUAUCGUCCAUGUGGAUAUGGUAUUGCGGAACGAGGUCGCGUUCAAGCUGACUCCCGACUCGAUCGAAUCCCUGAUCGAAUACCACAAGGAUAUUCAUUGCGUGGACAUCUCAGCAAACACAUAUGCCUGGUCAGAGAAGGAGCUGCAAGUAAAGAAGUUACAUGAGGAAUUCAUUCAAGCCAUCAACAAGUUUGUGUACCGAACUCAUGUGUCUGCCUUGGAAGGACUAGAAGAAGAUGGAGCCGGAGAGUUAUUAUGUGGGAAGAGCGAAGAAGUCAAGGCUAAUAUCAUGGGCCUCUUCCUACCUCUAUUACCUCCACCACCCCGGAUCGUGGACGUCGUCCGACCUCCACCGCUGUUGCCCAGCUCCCCUGCUGGCGCAAACUGGUGGUCACAGUCAACUCUUCCUUCCAAUGUCCCAGCUCCGGUAGACUCAUGGAGAGUCAUCCCAUCAAGCCCAAGCACAACGUCAUCAGCCGACUCUAAUUCAUUAUGGGCCAGCAUGGGACUGAACGAGAUCCAACUACCGUCGCCUACGCCAUCAUACAGCCAGCCGUACUCGACAUCCGGCCUCUUCUACAGCUCGCCCCAAGUCAGUGCUCCCAUCCCCUCGCUUCCUCUACCCAGUAUGCUAGCGGCACAGCAAUGUGGUGUUAGCGUUGGGUAUGGAGGCUUCGGCCAGAACUGGGACCGGUACCAAGAGUAUGCAACAACGAUGUGACAAUCAAGGCCCGGUACUUUCACCAAUUACACUCCUACCCACACCGGGUACUAGGACGGGCACCACCGAUCAUCCCCACUGCUCCUCUCACAACAUUUUGGCACACAACAACCUCUGCCUGAUAUAGAGCGUCGAACAAAUUUUUAGCGGCAUUUGAUACCUUCUCGAGGGGCAUACCGGCGUUUUUGCAUCAAACUCAUCAGCGACUGAGCGACAUUUUUGGGAAAACAGCACAUCCACCUUCGAUUUUCCUUGUCUCAAGUACAUAAUGGAUACCAUCUCCUAUGUCAUCU